GUGUCCCGGAGGGUUCCGCAGCCUUCCUGAAGUAUAUAAGGAACUCUUUACACUCAAGAGAGUGACGGUGGAUGGGAGACAUUCAUACUGCAAGUCUCUUGUAUUAGAAAAUACACUUUCAAGAUCACUUCAGUAGGCGGAUACUAUCAUUUCCGUUUACUAAACACGGACAUACACAUACCCAAGAAACUUGGAAGUAAUCUUAUAGCUAUGCAGUCAAGCAGCCGAAGUUCCCGAGAACGCAGAAGCCAGCGUUCGAUCAAGCAGAUGAUUGAGUCAUUACGAAACCAUACGGUCAACACAUUGACUGAGCUACGCCGGAUCGAACGGGUCGCGACAACUUGCGAGACCGAGGAAGAGUUGCAAGCAUUUCAACAACCCAUGGCUUCGGCAUGGGAUUACUACGUGAGCAGCAACCAGUUGCUGCUAGAGAUGCGAGGCUUGACCCGCAACUACCCUAUCUCGAGUUCCCUGAUUGAGGAAGCCAGGGUUCUAGUCAGUGAAGAUCCGGAUUCAAGUCGAAGCUGGAAUAUGGCUUGGCUGUGCUUAUCCAAAAUUCGAGAUGCAGGCUUGGUGCUUAGUAUCGCACAAUCCGAGGCUCAAAAGCCGGAGAUGUGGGGUGGUCGAUAUCCAUCUCCCGAGGAAGCAGAGCAGCUCACACAGUGUUUCGUGUACGAAUGGAGCCAUGCUGUGGACACGAUGCUUCGACAUUGGCGUACGGCUCCCGUUUGGUAUUGAGGAUGCUAAUGCCUUAUCAAGACAAUUGCAUCUUGCUUGUUCAUCUGAAAAUUUCUGAAGAGAAGCAAGCGAGGGGUACGGAAUGGAUGUAACGUAUUAUUAUGAGUGUGUAUGACGCUUGGCUUGACUUUACACAAUGGGGGACCGAAGAAUAGAAUAAGAUAUAGAUAUCCGCUCAUUACAUAGACAUAGAUUAUGCAUUUUACUUUCGUGGCUUUUCAUAUUAGCAUCAAGAAUUGCAGUGAA